GUAAUCGGACACGCAAAACCGCCAACUCAAGCUCCCGCUCUUCUACCAGAAACAGUUACAGACAGAAAAGAGCAAAGAAAAGUGAAAAUUAAAAAAAAUAAAAUAAAACGAAAAAGCUGAAGAGAACAAAACCAAAAUGGCGAACCCUGAAGCGGAGCGCCAUCGGGGAAGAGCUACACUGGCGGUCGUAGCUAAGAUUCGCUUGAGGCGGUUGCUGCGCGUGGCUUCUGUGGCGUGUGGGAUUCAGUUCGGUUGGGCGUUGCAGCUAUCUCUGCUUACUCCCUACGUGCAGGAGCUGGGGAUCCCUCACGCCUGGGCCAGCGUAAUAUGGCUCUGCGGCCCGCUCUCUGGCCUCCUAGUCCAGCCCCUGGUCGGCCACAUGAGUGACCGCUGCACCAGCCGCUUUGGUCGCCGCAGGCCCUUCAUCCUCGCCGGAGCAAUUAUGAUCGCCUUCGCCGUCCUCAUAAUCGGACACUCGGCAGACAUCGGCUGGUUGCUCGGCGACCGAGGCAACGUCAGGCCCAGAGCCGUGGCUGUUUUCGUAUUCGGAUUUUGGAUUCUGGAUGUGGCCAAUAAUAUGACUCAGGGUCCUUGUAGAGCGCUGCUCGCCGAUCUUACCGGAAACGAUCAUCGAAGGACUCGAGUGGCGAAUGCGUAUUUCUCUCUGUUUAUGGCUGUUGGUAAUGUUCUUGGCUUUGCCACUGGAGCAUACAGUGGAUGGUACAAAAUUUUUCCAUUUACUUUCAACUCUGCAUGCAAUGCUAAUUGCGCAAAUCUCAAGUCUGCUUUUUUUAUUGACAUCGCCUGCAUUGCAAUUACCACAUACAUAAGCAUAUCAUCUGCUCAGGAAGUGCCUCUAGGUCCAAGUGACAGAUCCACACCAUUUCUUGAAGAUGCUCCAGGAACUUCAGGUCAAGCUCAAGAAGCUUUUCUCUUGGAACUGUUUGGGACUUUUAGAUAUUUUUCAGGGCCUAUAUGGGUAAUUUUGCUUGUUACUGCUUUAACCUGGAUUGGAUGGUUUCCAUUUCUUCUUUUUGAUACUGAUUGGAUGGGUCGAGAGAUUUAUGGCGGCAAGCCUAAUGAGGGGCAGAAUUAUAGUACUGGAGUUAGAAUGGGUGCGCUCGGUCUUAUGUUGAAUUCAGUUGUUCUAGGAAUAACGUCGUUGCUCAUGGAGAAGCUGUGCAGGAAGUGGGGCGCUGGUUUUGUAUGGGGAAUUUCAAAUAUCCUCAUGGCUCUCUGCUUUCUUGCAAUAUUGGUACUUACCUUUGUGGCAAAGAGUCAUCACUCUGAAGGCCAUGCUUUGCCUCCCACUGGCAUUGUAAUUGCUGCACUUCUGAUUUUUGCAAUUCUUGGUGUUCCUUUGGCGAUCACUUACAGUGUUCCAUAUGCCUUGAUAUCCACACGUAUUGAGUCUUUGGGACUUGGCCAAGGAUUAUCCAUGGGUGUCCUCAAUCUGGCAAUAGUGAUCCCACAGGUGGUGGUAUCCCUGGGAGCUGGACCAUGGGAUCAGCUAUUUGGUGGUGGGAAUUCUCCAGCCUUUGCUGUGGCAGCACUUGCAGUAUUUGCCAGUGGACUUAUAGCCAUCUUAGCUAUUCCACGAUCUGGUCCUCAGAAGCCCAGAGGCUUCACAUGAGGUCUGGGCUGGAGGCAUGGGUCCCCAUUUAGAAUGGGCAUCAGUGGACAUUCUAAAUACAUAAAUUAACGAUGGAAAACAAGUCAUUUUUUGAAGCAGUAGUUUUUCAUACAUACAUGCUUGAAAGCUCCCACCAAAUGCAUGCUGUGCGAGACAAAGUUAUCUACAAUCAGUGGAGAAUUUCUUCAACAAAUAUCAAUCCCACCUUGGAGAAAUGUUGCUUUCUGGCUAAUUUCCAUGUAAAAGUAGGCGAUUUCGGCCACGGCUCUGGAUUCCAAAAUUACUCUGUACACUAAUUCGUUACCAACCAAGAUAAGUUGCCCCUUAAUUGGGAAUUAUUCCUCAUGAAAAAUGAUUUUUCUUUCUUUCUUUCAGGGAAAGGGUGAUUAUUCUUCUGUGGUUCAGUGACGUUCUUUUGGAAUCUCAUGCAUUCUGUGCAUGAAUUUGUUGUAUGGAUAUGGUGAAGUGUGCUUGGUGGCCACUAAUGAAUAUAUGAAUUAUGCUCUGAUUGAAACCUUGAUGGACA